UUAGGAUUAGAGCGGAAAACACCUCCUCAGGGUUAUGUUUGUCACCGCUGUAAGGUUCCAGGGUAUUUUAUUCAGCACUGCCCCACAAAUGGUGAUCCAAACUAUGAUAUCAAAAGGGUAAAGCCUCCAACUGGAAUUCCAAAGUCGAUGCUGAUGGCAACUCCAGAUGGCUCUUAUGCAUUGCCAAGUGGAGCAGUUGCAGUUUUGAAACCUAAUGAAGCUGCUUUUGAGAAAGAGUUUGAGGGCUUACCUUCCACUCGUUCUGUUGGUGACCUUCCACCUGAAUUUCACUGCCCAUUGUGCAAGGAAGUAAUGAAGGAUGCUGUUCUAACUAGCAAAUGCUGUUUUACGAGUUUUUGUGAUAAAUGUAUAAGGGAUCACAUUAUCUCAAAAUUAGUUUGCGUAUGUGGGGCUUCCAACAUACUCGCCGAUGAUCUUCUGCCAAAUAAGACCCUAAGAGAUACAAUUUAUCGUAUAUUGGAGUCUGGUAACAGCAGUGCUGACAAUGCUGGAAGCACUUUUCAAAUUCAAGAUAUGGAAUCCACCCGAUGUCCACAUCCAAAAAUUCUGUCUCCUACUACAUCUGCUGCAUCAAAGGGAGAGCAGAAGCCAGUAUCUGCUAAGGAAGAAUGCCCUGUUGUGAAUGAAAAAGCUUAUGAGGUGAAGGUAGCUAUUCCUCCACAGCAGGCCUUGGAGAAAGUUAAGGUUGUUAAACCUGCUGAUGCAUCUGAGGCUACGCUGGAGUCAAUGAGUGUGAAGGAAUCUGCAUCACAAGGGAGUGCCCUGCUUGCAGAGGAAGAAGUGCAACAGAAGUCAGCUUCUGGAGAGGCAGGAAAGAAAAAGAAAAAGAAGAAGGUCUGUUUGCUAGCAAAUGACUUGCAUUGGAAAACCCCUCAGCAUCUUGCAGCUGAGAGCUAUAUGAUGUCUAUGGGUCCUUCAGUCUAUAACCCUUACUGGACUGGUAUGCAGCCAGGAAUGGAUGGGUUUAUGGGUCCCUAUGUUGGUGGGAUGCCUUAUAUGGGGGGAUAUGGACUAGGUCCACUGGACAUGCCAUUUGGAAGUGUCAUGCCUCCAGAUCCUUUUGGUGCUCAAGGGUACAUGUUUCAUCCUCCCCCAUCUCAAAGAGAUCUUGCUGAGUUUGGAAUGGGUAUGAAUGUUGCCCCACCAAAUAUGAGUAGAGAGGAAUUUGAGGCUCGGCAAGCUGAUUUGAGGAGGCGGCAUGAAAAUCAGAGAGGAGGUGAAAGGGAUUUCUCCAGAGAUCGGGAAUUCAAUAGAGAAGUGAGUAUCUGCAGUGAUUUUUCUUUAUUGAAAUCAAAAUCUAAGCCUACCCCACAAAUGUUAGGUGGUGAACGUCGCCAUGAGUAUCCUCGUCUCCAACCAGAGAGGAGCUCACAGGAACUUUCCUUGCGGGACCAUGAAGCACCUUGCUGUCCUUCAAAGAGAAAACCUGACCAACAUACUGAACGUGAUCGGGAUCACGGUCGUGAUCACAAUCAUCACCAUCGAUCCGAGUCUUCGAAGCUUGCCCCUGAAACAGUCACCAAAUCCACUUCCACGACUGCUGCAGCAACAAUGGAAAAGACCCAAAAGUCGAGUGUGUUUUCUCGCAUUAGCUUUCCAGAAGAACACAGCAAGAAACACAUACAAUCUUCGGAUGCACCUGCAUCUUCUGGUCAUCACAAGUUAACUUCCAAUGGAUACAAGGCAACUUGUGUUAGUAGCAGUGGUGGUAGGAAGAACAGUCGGAGCAAUGCUGUAGAUCAGGAAUGUAGUGAUGAUGAUAGACAUUUCAAAAGGAAGACAUCAAGGAAUUCGCGCUCACCAUCAACGGAGUGGAUAGAGCAAUCGCGGCACUCGAGGAUUCAAGGAACGAGAGCGCAGCAGCUAUAAUAAACAUAGAUAAGAGUGAAAAUAAGAGUUUGCAUCACUGUGAAUGCCUACGAAGCUAUCGUGAGCGAGCACACUGAAGCUAUUGGAAUCCCUUUUGGACCUUUAUAUUGCAUUAUAUGCUUACAAUUAUAAUA